UAUAUAUAUAUAUAUAUAUAUAUAUAUAAUUGAUAAGAUGCGGCUGCUUUUGCACCUCCUGCCUCCUUUCGCCGCUCCUGCUCGGACAGCCUCCUCUGUGCCUGCGGGGAAGUUGGAUUUUGUCCCCGCUUGCAGCACCGCGGAUGCCCGCUCUCUGGAGCAGCUACAGGACUUCGUCUCCCGGUCCAGACGGUUGUUUGUUGUUACAGGAGCAGGUCUGUCUACGGAGUCGGGCAUCCCUGAUUACCGCUCGGAGGGAGUCGGCUUGUACGCCCGCACCGACCGCAGACCCAUGCAACACGCAGAGUUUACCCGCAGCGCCAAGUCCCGCCAGAGAUACUGGGCCAGAAACUUCGUCGGAUGGCCGCAGUUCUCCUCCCAUCAGCCAAACGGGGCCCACCGGGCUCUGCGGAGCUGGGAGGAGAGGGGGAAGCUGCACUGGCUGCUCACCCAGAAUGUGGACGCUCUCCACUCCAAGGCGGGACAGAGGCGCCUCACGGAGCUGCACGGCUGCGCCCAUAGGGUAACAUGUCUGGGGUGUGGAGCCAUCACCUUAAGGGAGGACCUACAGAGGCGGUUUGUGUCUUUAAACCCAGACUGGAGCGCUCAGGCAGGAGCUGCGGCUCCAGACGGUGAUGCCUUCUUAGAAGACGAGCAGGUCCUGAACUUCAGGGUCCCCUCCUGUCAGCAGUGUGGCGGGAUUCUGAAGCCAGACGUUACAUUUUUUGGAGACACGGUGAACAGAGCGACUGUGCAGUUUGUGCACGAAAGACUGGCAGAGGCGGAUGCAGUGCUGGUCGUAGGAUCGUCGCUGCAGGUGUAUUCAGGAUACAGGUUUAUGCUGGCAGCAAGUGAGCGGAAGAUGCCGAUCGCCAUCCUGAACAUCGGCCCCACCAGAGCAGAUCACCUGGCGGAGCUGAAAGUGAGAGGCCGUUGUGGGGAAGUGAUGUCAGUGAUCCAGCCACUCUGAUGUUGGGGAUGGCAUCAGAGUUAUCUGUGCUGUGAUGACUGAAGCCGCAUCAGAUGUUGGUGAAUGACCAUCAGAGUGAGGUGCUGCAAAAGGGGAAAAUCUGUUUUACUGACUUUACACAGGGCUGCAGAAAAGCAGUUUCAGAGUGAAACAUCUGGGACCUGUUUCAGAAAGUGGGAGAAUUCAGAAUAUCUUCUGUGGUAGAUCCCUGCAUAUAGAUUUUUGGGUUCACAAAGCUAAAUAGCCCGUAUCCUGAGUCAGGUUACCACCAGUUACUCCAUGAGCCAACUCUGGAUGAUAGCAGGAUUUGUUGAAGUUACUCUGAGUGCGUCGUACAAAACGCUGGUUGUUUAACCUGCAUUAAAUAUUCUGCAGCAGGAAGAGAUCUCCUUUUUUGUCUAAUAUCUUUUGGUAAUAUCCAUAUAGUGUUGUUGAUGUUUUAAGUUCCACCAAGGAG